CGCCCGCUGCCCUGCCGAAUCCCUCAGCCCUGCCGGCUCCUGCAGCCCUCCCGACCCCGCUGCCCUGCCGAAUCCCGCAUCCCUGCCGCUCCCCCGGAUGCGCGGUCCCUCCGGUGCGGGCAGACGCGGUGCGCCGUGCGGGGCUGCCCCGUGUCAGCCGGCGAGCUGCGAGCGCGAAUCGGUCUCCUCUGUCCUUGAGCAGUGCUGUUGAUGGGACAAACGAGUGCACAUCAAGAAAGAAGCAAGAAACCAGAGGUGGCACCAAGCGAGGUCAUGGAGGCAGAAAUUGAAGUACAGAAUAAAAAAGAGGAAACCAAAGAGGUGAAGGCCAAAAACCAGAAGCUGACAUCAGUCUUCGGUCUGGCAGACUUAAAAAAUGAAGCCAUUGGACUGUACAACCUUGGGCAGAGCUGCUGUCUGAACUCCCUGCUCCAGGUGUUCCUCAUGAACAUCCACUUCACAAGGAUACUCCGGAGGAUCACAGUGCCACCCUCUCCUGCCCAGAGGAGGAGCAAUGUCCCGUACCAGAUGCUCCUGCUGCUGGAGAAGAUGCAGAGUGGCAAGUGCAAAGCUGUUGGUCCCACAGAGCUGGCUUGCUGCCUUUCAGAGCACAGAGUGGAAUUGUUUGUGCAGCAUGAUGCUGCUCAGCUCUUUCUGACUCUCUGGAACUUGUUAAAGAAGCAGAUGAAAAAGCCAGAGCUGGUUAAAGAGCUGCGCGAUUUGUACACGAUCUGCAUACAGGAGCAUGUGGCCUGUCAGAAAUGUUCUUUUGAAGUAAAGAGCAAAAGCACCAUGUUAACCCUUCCACUCCCAGUGCUGGAUGCCAAUUCUCACAGGCUGAAGACUCUGGAGGACUGUCUGCAAUACUUCUUCCACCCAGAGGAGCUGACUGGACAAAACAUGUGUUUCUGUCAACAGUGUGGGAGGAAAACACCUUUUCUACAGAGCAUGAAGCUCGUCCAUCUGCCACAGACCCUGACCUUGCACCUGAAGCGCUUCUGCUUUGAGAGAUCCUCUUGCACGCACAAGCUGAGCCACUCCCUGCCAUUCCCACAAGAACUUGAUCUCAGGCAAGUCUUGACAGAAAGUCAGUGCCAAGCAGAUGACAGUGAAAAGGCUACCUGGCAGUAUGAGCUCUUUGCUGUGGUUGCUCAUUCAGGAUCAGCUAGCUGUGGCCAUUACUGUGCCUACAUCCGGAGGCUCACAGACUGUAAAUGGUAUUGCUUCAACGAUUCUGAGGUUUGCCAGGUGUCAUGGGAUGAUGUUAAAUGCACCUAUGGACGUUCCAACCUCUACUGGAGAGAAACAGCCUAUCUCUUGUUUUACAUGAAAAAGCAGCCUCAGCAGCCCUGGCCAAGAGUAUCAGAAUGUCUCUGACAGCUGUGCAUUGUCCCUGGGGCUCAGCACCUCUGUGCCAGUGAGGACAUGCACAAAUGUUUCACAGGAAAGACAUUCUGCACUCAGCCACCUCAGGCUUCACAUUUGGAGAAAAAAGUGCAGCAGACACUCAGCCAGAGAAAGGAUCUAGGAAUUGUUGCUACUAGAGAACUUUUCUUUUGUGUUGUUUGUUUUUUUUUUUUUUUAAUAUUUAUGUGACUCUACAUGUUCAUUUCCUCUUUAAAAGAUGGUGAAGUUAGUCCUUGUCUCUGCUGCCUUACUAUUUUCCUUAGUGCUGAUGCCUGGAUCCCAUUCCAGGGGAAGUGUUUGGCCUGAAAGCCUGUGUGAUGCUCCAGGGAGGUGUGUGCUAUGUCUGGAGAGCUGUGGGAGCCAUACAGAGCCUGUAAGAGCUUGAGAUUUACUUUGUCCUUUUAGCACCAUGUUAGAGGCUGGCAAGCUGGGCAGGAGACCCCAAAAAUCACCCCAGAAACAGCUGGGGGAAGGAUCAGAACCGUUAUGGCACACACUCCUGAAAACCUCCCUGAAAAUGAAUCACUGCAGGGGCUGUGAUGUGUCAAGAGCUGUUUUAAAUCAGGAGCUAUUGGAGCAGUUCUGAUUCCCAAGAUGAGUUUGUUUAAAUUUGUGCAGGUGGUUAUUAUUUCAACAGGCUUAUCAGGCUUUUGGAUGCAUUUUCUUUCCUGAAGAGGAAAAUAUUCAGAGCAGCAGAGAUUCUGGAGCUGGUUAGUGAUUUUGCACAAUACAGGCCAUACAUGGUCAUAAAGGAAGUGAGAUGCUUUGAUGUGCUUGAUUUUUUUGGGAUUUUUCGUUGUGUGGCUUUUAAAACACUCUUGCUGAUCCUCUUGGAUUGAGCAUCCCAGCAGUUUGGGAUCUGGAAGUACCUUCACCCUAGUACACUCUAUGACUGUGUCUCUACAAAGGUGCUGUUUUUGUGAGAUAGAGCAACUAUGAAAUUAUAUUAAAAUUAUAUAAAUUAUAAUGAACUAUAAAACUAAUAUAGAUAUACUGCCAUCUAUGUAUAACCUAUUUUUUGUGAGGUACACAAAUCAUGUCCAUUUUCUGAAGGUAAACUGAAAAAUCUUAGAGCAUAGCUGUAAAAUUACUCUUUCAUGGUUUAGCAGGUAUUUAUUUCAUUGUACUAGCAAGGUCCAUUAAUCUGUCCAGCUGUGUAUUUGUAUUAUUUAUUCUGUGGGAAAAAAAAUCCUGGUGUAUUAUUUGCCAUCAGGAUGAGGAAUUUUCAGCCUGUUCACCUUCAGGAAUGCAUUGCACCCUUUCUAAAGCAUCUUGAAAUGGGUGAGUAAGAAAACAAAGUUUCUGUUUGCUUUUCCAGCACUUUGCCUCUGUGAAGGAGCUGAAAAAAGCUGCAUUUUUCUUAGCUGAACUGAGAAGUUAAUGGGAUUAGAGAAUGACAUUUCUAAUUAUCUAUAACUUGAAAUUUAAAAACGUAGGCUAAUGAAAAAUGCCUUAAAUGCAUCAUAACCGUCUAGGGAUGUCACUCAUCAAGGAAACAAUUACAUAGAUAUAUUUAAGAAUCUUUUCAAUCUGUGAAAAAAACCCCCAUUUAAUUCCAAUGAAAAGUAAUCAGUGUUUUUUUUUUUUUUUAAUAAAAUAUUAUGGGAUACAUCCCUUAA